UAGCAACUCUAAAUGAGUCGUAGCAGUGAAACUGAAACAGAAUCAGAAACAGGAAAAGCAACAGCAGCAGUUGUCGUUCAAGUUGAGCUUCACUUGUCGAUUACAUCCCUCGCUAUGUUCCUUCUCAAGACAUGGAGAUCAACUGCUUUUGGUGUCUAUGGUUAUCUCAACUUCACCAAACCUGCUUAUCUGGAUCAUGCUAAGAAAUUCAAACCAGGGGAAAUGGAUAUACAAAUAACAGGGAAGAAUUGCAUUGUUACUGGAGCUAACUCUGGAAUUGGCUAUGCAACUGCUGAGGGUCUUGCAAGACGUGGUGCCACUGUCUAUCUUGUGUGCCGGAAUAAGGAGAGGGGAGAGGCUGCACUUUCCGAAAUUCAAACCAAAACCGGCAAUCAGAAUGUACAUUUAGAGAUUUGUGACCUUUCAUCUGUUGCAGAUAUCAAGUCAUUUGCUUCCAGGUUUUCUAAAAAGAAUAUGCCAGUUCAUGUGUUGGUUAACAAUGCAGGGUUACUUGAGCAGAAACGAGUUACCACGUCCGAAGGGUUUGAGUUGAACUUUGCUGUAAAUGUGUUAGGCACUUAUGCCAUGACAGAAUCGAUGGUACCAUUACUAGAGAAAGCAUCCCCGGAUGCGCGCGUCAUUACAGUUUCAUCUGGUGGAAUGUAUACUACUCCCUUGACCAAAGAUCUUCAGUUUUCUGGGAGCAAUUUCGAUGGGGUUGAACAAUAUGCUCGAAAUAAGCGAGUUCAGGUUGCCCUGACAGAGAAGUGGGCCGAAACAUAUAAAGACAAAGGGAUAGGAUUUUACUCAAUGCAUCCAGGUUGGGCUGAAACUCCUGGAGUUGCUAAGAGUUUGCCAAGCUUCAAUGAGAAGCUUGCUGGAAAGCUUAGAACAAGGGAAGAAGGUGCAGACACAGUUGUUUGGUUGGCAUUACAACCUAAAGAGAAAUUGGUCUCAGGUGCAUUUUACUUUGAUAGAGCCGAAGCUCCAAAGCACCUUCCGUUGGCCGCGACCAGUGGUUCUCAUACCUUGAUCAACUCACUUGUUGAAGAUCUUCAUUCAAUUGUUUCUCCUUUUCCAUAAUAGGUACUAGGUAGAGAGUAUAUCUGUUUCUCCAACACAAAUUCACAGGAAAAAGAAAAUGAAGUUUAGGAAGUUUUCUCCAAAAAGCUAUAGAGAUCCCUCAUGUAUGAGUGAGUACUCAGGUGAACAUGGUUUCAAAUUCUUGCAGUUGUGUUAUGAUGCAGAAUUGUUGCAAGAAAAGGUAAAUGUAACAGCUGUAGUUACUAUCUGGGCAGUAUCUGUGACAUGAUGUAGUUAUUGAAAUGAAUGCAGAUAAUGAUGUGAUAUCAAAAGUGAAAACCUCAAUCAUAAGUUACACCAAUUUCACAUA